CCAAUCAAACGUUUUUUUGCCUAAAUCCUUUAUGGAUCUGAAAGAUAUCCUAUAUAGAAAUUAUAAUUUAUCAAUUAACAGUGACAAACAUUAUGGCAGCAUGACAUAAUUGUUCAGAGUAUGCGACACUUGUCUUUGACUUCAGGUCAGCGCGCAAAAAUAACAGCGUUGACCGCAUUCGCCUCGAAGAGCAGAACUCACAGGUUAACAAAGAGUGUUCCCGGAAAAUUCGAGAAACUCGACGACGACAAGAAACGGGACAAGAAGCUCGCAAAGAAAGCCAAGAAGGACAAAGCUAAAGGCGGCAAAGCGGACGUCAGUCCAGCUUCUAGUUUGGCAGUAAGCCCCAGUACAUUACAAGCAUCCAGUGUGCAAGUAUCCAGCGAAGAUGACGCCAAGGAAGACGACGACGAAGACAGAGAACAGGACGGAGAGCUUCUCAAAAAGAAAGAGGAGUCGAAAAGCACGCUCCCCGAUAGCUCCGACUUUGUGCCGCCAUCUGGAGAAGAGGAUAAAUAUGUUCUGACUAAGAAAAUGGUGGAGAAAGUCCGCAAGGCGCCGGUAAUUCACAUGAUAUGCGGCGAGAUAGACGGCAGUAGAACCGAUCUGCGCGACGUUACUCUCUUCUAUUUUAUGCGCACCACCGACGAGGGUAUACCUUUCUUCGACACCUACGAAGAGUGCCUCGAUGAUAUUACGAGUUACCUGGUUGUCGGGUCUCUCGACAGCAGAUUUCUGGCUUCUCUGGAUAGGAUGCUGACUGACGUGUUCAAGCCAUUGGUGGAGAAACAAUUCAGAGGACCAGAUUUUUACGAACGAUGGAAAUUGGAAAAGGAAGCGGAAACGCCUGUUAUCGAGAAAACAAUAUCAGCACUAGAGAGUAUAGAAUCUCGAAGUGCCGCACUAAGAAGACCAUCCGAGUUCCGGAGAGCGUCAGUAUUCGUUUCCAGACCGGAUUUGAAUAUAAGAACAGGCAGGCAAGACGAGGAAGACGACGUGAUCUCUGCGUCCAGUUUGCAGGACGACGUUUCAAGAAGUAAAAGAUCAAAAUCCAGCUUGAGAGGAAGCGGCAAGAAAUCAUCGUCGGACUUGAAGUCUAGUAGAUCGGCUGAUACGUUGAAGGAGACCAUGAGAGAUCAACAGAACAAGAAGGACAUUCUAAAUUAUCUUGACAAUUUGAUUGAGAGCGUGGAAUGGACGCUGGAGCACAUCGAAGGUGAUAUUUUACUGACGAUGCCGACCAUUCCAGAGCUGCAGGACCCAGCAAUAACAGACGAUAUGUUGCUGAAAAAUCAAGAUGUCGUCCAACAGAUGGAAGAAGUGGUCAUAUUGUGGGGGAAACACAUACAGAAAGUGAUGGAAUCGUACACGAGCAAAGUGCUUCCGGAGAAGGGACCAAUGGUGGAUUAUGGAUACUGGCAAGAUUGCGAGACCGGAUUAACGAUGCUAGUGGAACAACUGAAGAUGCCAGUCGUUAAGCGGAUUUUCGCGCUCCUCGAGCAGAUAUCCUCGCCGAUCGCCUCCAGCUUUCAAUAUUAUCAGAUGGAACUCAGGAAACAGUAUGUCGAAGCUCGAGAUAGUAAUAAAUUCAUGCAAACGCUGCUGAGACAUUUCAAGUUGAUUACCGAAUCGGAUUCGUUCGAAUCUAUAGCGGAGUGCAUGCCUUCGCUGACGGAGGGACUGCGGAUGCUUUGGGUGUUAUCCAGUUAUUACUCCUCCGAGGAGAGAUUGACGUCGCUGAUGGGCAGGAUAUCGUGGCAGAUCUGCCAGAACGUCAGGAAGAACUUGGCGAUCGUCACGUUAUUUAAGAAGCCGUUGGAAGUGGUCUUGGAGAGAACGAAUUGGGCCAGCACGAUGCUGAAGCAAUGGAAGCGAUCGUAUUUGAAGACCCGAACCGACAUCGAGCUAUUGGGAAAGGGAACUCGUUGGGAGUUCGAUCAGAAGCGUCUCUUCGAGGCCACGGAGUACAUCGCCGAUGUCUGCAGCGACCUCCACAAGAUCGCCAGCGUCCUGCAAGACUUUUACAACAUUUUUGGAGCAGACCUCAAGUCCAUCAUAGACGACCCCGCGCAGAUCGACACUGUGGUGAAGCGAGUGGACGCGCUGGUGAUGCCGAUUGAGCAGGCGGACUUCGACAUCUUCAACGUGUACAACAAGGAGAACUGGGAGGCGAUGACUACGUGGUUCUACGAGGAGGUGUUGUUCCUCGAGGACCAAGCGAAGUUCUACAUCGACGAGUGCUUCAACGUCUUGAUCAGCGCCGAGAACGCGCUCGAGAUGCUGCUCAAGUUCAAGGACACGAAGACCCGCGCGGCCGUUCAGCAGCAGCUGCUCAGGAAAUUCGACUUCAUCAUGCAACAGUUUAGCAAGGAGAUCAAUACGGUGGAGAAUAUAUAUCAUCGAGGCAAACGGCACCCACCGUUGCUGACGUACCACCCUCCGAUGGCGGGCGCGAUUUUCUGGGUGAGGCAGCUGUUUCACAGACUGCACCGACCGGUGCUGAUCUUCCAACAGGUCCGCGAGCUAAAGCACAGCGAAUUGAAAUUGCUCGCGUUCAGCCAAUAUCUCGAUAUUGCGAACCAGUUGAAGGACUUCGAGGAGGCUAAGUUCAACACGUGGCUUGACAAUGCGCUACUCAUGAUCACCGCUACCAUGAAGAAGAGCGUAUUGAGAAUAGUGCACGUCGAACGCGAUUCCCCUGUUACUCUGACCUUCCCAGACGAGCAGCAACCUUCGAAAGAGUUACAACUGAUCCAUCUAUCGUCGAAAACCAAACACAAAGACGUGGGUUCCCUCUUGUCGACUCCACGAGGAUCGCUGCUCAAGCACAAUGCUAUAAUAUCGAAGCCCAGCGCGGAAACGACCACCUCGGACGUUGCAGGGUCUAGAGUCAUAUCUGCACAAUUAUUCCCUGAAGCAAGAUCCGAGACCAAAGGGAUGCCGCACAAGGAGCAGAAAGCCUCCACUAUGUCUUCGGACAAGCAUGAUGUUCGCGCGAAGAUCAGCUGGACGGAGUUCAUGAGCGGCACAAUUCUGGUGGAGUGUCAGUUGCGUUUUCAGCUGAACUUCGACCUGGAGGUCUUCGAGGUCAUCAGAGAGGCGGAACUGAUGGAGCAGUUGGGCUUUGAGCUGCCCGCAGCCUUCAGGGAAGUCGGCAUUCAGAAAAAUCGACUGAGAGCAGACAUUGACGUCACCGAGAAGAUGGUCAAUCAGUAUAAUAGCGUCGUGGACGCAUUAGAGAAGAGUGACAUACAAUUGCUGAAGCGUACUCUGCAAGAUAUCGAGAGACACCUUCAGCCGGGCGUAACGCGAUUUAACUGGAACUCCUUGAGCAUCUCCGAUUAUGCGUCCACUUGCGGCAAGAUGCUGAAGAACUUGAACUCCAUCGUCGAGCAAGUCAGUCAGAUGAAGCGGGACCUCGACAGCCGAAUAGAGUCCGAAUUGCAAUCGUACCAUCUGUUUUCUACGAAGAAGGAGAUCGCUGAGUCGGAAGAUCUCUUGCCAUGCAAGCUUUAUUUUCUAGAGAUUAAAAACCGGCGUUCCGAGCUAGUAUCGUCGAUGUCGAGAGCAUACAAAUCGAUCAGUCCGAUGCUCAUGAAGUUAGAAAGCUUAGUGCUGGGUACUUCAACUGGGAAAAGUCCAGAUAUGCAACUUUUGUAUGAAAAAUAUGAGAAGAAAAUUUUCGCCGCUUUCAUAAUAUGCAUGUUAAGGAACAUGGAAGUUCUGAACAAAAUGUUAAGCAGGCCUAGGCCGUUUUUCCAAAUUGACGCCGUAUUAAUGGCAUCCGAAGUGGUACUGCGUCCGUCACCCAGCGAGAUCUACAAUAUCAUUUGUCAUGACGUGCGAGACCUAUUGGAGAGACUAAAAGGAUUCUCCAGAUGGAUGAAUGGAACCUGCUUGGAGUGUGAACCACUCCAGAAAAAGGAGCUUUCAGAGGAUUUGAUCACCUUCAGUUUCUUCGAGGACGUGAUGAGUGUUAGAGUAGUUAACGAGCUCAUAAAGCUGGUUCAAGAUACGGCAUACAAGUUAUCGAUGGAUUGCUGGCGGUAUCUGUACAGAUGGAGGAAGUAUAGCAAUUUGUGGUCGUUCGAUAAGAAUCUAGUCUGCGAGAAAUUCGAUGCGACGAAGCCUACGCUUCCGCAAUACGACGAGAAGUUCACGUUUUACGAAGGCGUUUUGGAGGAGCUAGCGGAUAUGGAGCUUUACUUCGACCUGAACAGUAUACGUAUCAACUUGAAACCGCUCUUAUCCGGCAUCGAGCGUCACGCGAAGGAAUGGAAGCAAGUUCUGGGGAAUUAUCUUAUAUCCGACACGGUGCAGGCUAUGAGCCAUUUGAAAACACGCAUCGAGAACUUCCAGCGCGAGAUCGAAUUGGUGAUCACCGGACUGGAUCGCUACACGAUGAUCAUGCAGACGAUCGCCGAAGUGAAGAGAGUAGCCAUCCAAACUGAGGUGGAGUUUCUCUCUUAUCAAGAAUGCUUUCAAACCAUGCGCGCCCAUAGGAUCGAGUUUUCCCCGGAGGACGAGGCGAUGGCGCAUAAACUGCAGCACGACUGGGAAGCGUUGUACCUUGAAGCUCUCUACAGAGCUUCGACCUUGGAAAGCACUAGCGACAAAUUUUGCGAGAUGACCGAAGACCAGAUCCGACGAUUGCUGAGCGAAAUCGCGGAGUUUGCUGAAGAUUUCGAGAAGCACGGUCCGGGAAGCGUCGGAGACGAUUUGGAGCUCGGGCUGAAGAAAAUGGAAGAAUACGGCAAGCUGAUCGACAAGUACGAAGAGAAACGCGCGAACUUGGCGAAGUCUGAGGUGCUGUUUGAUCUACCACCCGUGGAUUACUCAGCCUUCUUCAAAGUCAAGAAGGAUUACGAGAACAUGGGAAUACUAUACGAUCUCUACAAACAGCAGAGGAGCGAGCGAGAGACUUGGGCGAAGACUCUGUGGGUGGACUUAAAUCCUCAGCAGCUUAUCGACGGUAUGGAGCACUACAUGAGGGAAUUUCGGCGACUGCCGAAGUUCAUGAGAACCAUGAACGUCGGAUAUGCCCUGGACGCCGACAUGAGGAACUUCCGGAAUUCGGUGCCGCUCUUCAUCGAGUUGAAGAACGAAGCUAUGCGAGAUAGACAUUGGCAAGAACUGAUGAAAAGAACCGGACAAUAUUUCGAUAUGGAUCCGGACAGAUUUACCUUAGAGAACAUGUUCGCUAUGGAGCUGGGAAAGUAUCAAGAAAUUGCUCAAGGUAUCGUGAUGAACGCCGUGAAGGAACUUGCGAUUGAAAGAGGCGUGAAAGAAUUAACGGAAGUGUGGAAAUCCACGGAAUUUAACAUGAUCAAACAUUACAAAGGCACAGAAGAUCGUGGCUUUAUUCUGGGCCCACUUGAUGAAUUGAACGUGAUACUAGAGGACAAUAUGUUGAACGUACACAACAUGGCAGCCUCCCAAUUUAUCGGACCGUUUCUUAGCGUCAUUCAGAAAUGGGAGCACACGAUGCACAGGAUCGCCGAAGUUUUGGAGUUGUGGGUGGAUCUUCAACGGAAAUGGCUGUAUCUCGAGGGUAUAUUCGUGGGCGGCGACAUCCGUCUUCAGUUGCCAGACGAAACGAAAAGAUUCGACGACAUCGACAAAGCCUUCAGGAAAAUCAUGAACGACACGUCAAAGAGGCUCAACGUGUUAGAAUGUUGUACGAUUCAAGGCCGAAAGGAAGAAUUCGAGACCAUGAUCGCAGCCCUCGGAAAGUGCCAGAAAUCCUUGACGGAAUAUUUGCGCAAUAAACGCGCCAUAUUUCCGAGAUUUAAUUUUAUCAGUGACGACGAACUGCUGAACAUCCUCGGCAGUAGUCAACCUACUGUCAUCCAGGAACAUGUUGGAAAGAUGUUCGAUAAUCUUGACAAGUUUAAAUUCGUGUCGAAUAACACGGAUAGAAUGCUAGUGACGGCUCUGAUAUCCUGCGAAAGGGAAGUUAUGGAAUUCAAGAAUCCUGUGAGCACGGAGGGCAACAUUGAAAUCUGGAUGGGCUUUGCCCUCGAGGAAAUGAAAAGGUCGAAUCGGUACUUGACGAAGAAAGCGGUCUACGAUUAUGGCAAGAUGCAAAUGCCAAGAACACAGUGGAUACUCGAAUUCCAAGGAAUGAUGGUUCUCGCUGCCAAUCAAAUAUGGUGGACCGCGGAGGUCGAAAAUGUUUUCGAUAAGAUAUCUCAAGGGAAUAAUCGCGCGAUGAAACAGUAUUUGCAACAACUCAAUCAUCAAUUAGAUGAACUGGUGACGCUGAUGGGCAGCGCUACACUUACAAACAAGGAUAGGAAGAAAAUAGAUAUGGUUCUAACAGUCGACGUACAUAUCCGCGAUAUUAUCGAAGGUUUCAUUAGAGACAGCAUUACGGAUUCCACGGAGUUUGAAUGGGAAAGUCAAUUAAGAUUCUACUGGGUUCAUCAUCUGGAUAAUGUAUGGAUGAACCAAUGCACAGGUGCCUUCGAAUACGGCUACGAGUAUAUGGGCCUUAAUGGCAGAUUAGUAAUUACACCUCUGACCGACAGAAUAUAUCUCACCAUCACUCAAGCUCUCUCGAUGCACUUGGGCGGUGCACCGGCAGGCCCAGCUGGAACUGGAAAAACCGAGACAGUCAAAGAUCUGGCUAAAAUCUUGGGACUCUUAUGCAUCGUCACUAAUUGUGGAGAAGGAAUGGACUAUAUCGCAAUCGGGAAGACCCUGGCUGGUCUUGCUCAGUGCGGGGCAUGGGGUUGCUUCGACGAAUUCAACCGUAUCGACAGCUCUGUUCUUUCUGUCAUCUCGACACAGCUGCAGACUAUACGUUCAGCGCUGCAAGUUAAGGCUCAGAGAUUCAUGUUUGAAGGGCAAGACAUCAUGCUGGACUCGAAGAUAGGGAUUUUCAUCACUAUGAAUCCGGGGUACGCCGGUCGUACAGAACUGCCGGAUUCCGUCAAGGCCCUCUUCAGACCGGUGGUGUGCAUAGUGCCGGACAAUGAGUUGAUUUGUCAAAUCAAGCUCUUCAGCGCCGGUUUUCUGACGGCGAAACUGCUCGCCAAGAAGAUGACAAUCCUUUACAAGCUGGCGAGCGAGCAAUUGAGCAAACAAACGCACUACGACUUCGGCUUGAGGGCCCUCAAACCUGUGCUAAACAUGGCUGGUCAGCUGAAGAGAACUUCCAGCGACCUGCCUGAAAACGUCGUACUAAUGAGAGUACUCAGAGACAUAAACCUACCUAAAUUUAUAUUCGACGACGUACCACUCUUCUUGGGUCUGAUCAGGGACCUGUUUCCUGACUUGGAAGUUCCCAGAAUGCACUACCCUGACUUCAACAAGGCGGUUGAGGCGGUGUUGGGAGAACACGGAUAUACCAUCUUACCUGAACAGGUUGACAAAGUCGUACAGCUGUACGAAGUGAUGAUGACCAGACAUUCGACGAUGAUCAUCGGCCCCACCGGCGGUGGUAAAACGGUGGUCAUCGAGACAUUAUGCAGAGCGCAGACGCGCCUCAACAAGCCCACGAAACUGUACGUUUUAAACCCGAAGGCUUGCACCGUUAUCGAAUUGUACGGCACGCUGGAACCCAUGACACGCGACUGGAUAGACGGUUUGUUGAGCUGCAUUUUCCGUGAGAUUAAUAAACCGCUGAGUUCCGACAAUGACGAGAGAAGGUACAUACUCUUCGACGGCGACGUCGACGCGUUGUGGAUCGAAAACAUGAACUCUGUUAUGGACGACAAUAAAUUGCUGACUCUGGCGAAUCAAGAGAGGAUUAAGAUGCAGGAUCAUUGCAGUUUACUCUUUGAGGUAGGCGACUUACAAUACGCCUCACCCGCUACAGUGUCAAGAGCUGGUAUGGUUUAUAUGGAUCCGAAGAACCUGGGUUACCAGCCGUACAUGGACAAGUGGAUACGAGGGAAGAGCGAAGCCGAUCGAGAUUUCCUCAGUGGAAUGUACGAGAAAUACGUGCAUGGCUCACUCAAGCUUAUUCUCGAAGGAAUGUUCGGCUCCCAAGUGGUCGAGCCACUUCGACUGAUCAUACCGCAAACUGGACUUAAUAUGGUGACUCAACUCUGCUACAUAUUCGACGGCUUGCUGUCGAUAGAAAACGAAUUGGCGGACAGCAGACUCGCAGAAAUCGGACAGGGGGAUGACGCACUGCUGGAGCCAAAAGUGACGAGAGAAGAACUUUGGGAGGCGAUGUACAUUCAAGCGUGCUAUUGGUCGUUCGGUGCGUCUAUUGUGGAUAAGGCACGUUAUAAAUUCGACGAAUAUAUGAAGAAGACAUAUGGACUUUUGCCAAUGCAAGACACGCCCGCCAAGCCGGCAACUGCUAGAUACAUACCGACGUCAUUUCCAACUAUGUACGAUUAUGUGCUGGACAUUAAAACGCAAGUUUGGAUGGCGUGGAAGUGGUUGGUACCGGCAUAUAUUCACGAUAGGCAGAAAAGCUUCUCGGACAUCUUGGUACAGACGAUCGAUACCUCGCGUACUACAUGGUUCGUGAAUAUCAUGAGCAAGCUGCAAAGACCGGUAUUAUUGGUCGGAGAAACCGGGACUUCGAAGACAGCUAUCAUUCAUGAAUUUCUAAGAAACUUGAACCCCGAAAAAUAUGAUCAACUCCUAAUGAACUUUUCCUCGAGAACCACUUCGAUGGACGUGCAAAGGAAUAUCGAGUCGAAUGUGGAGAAAAGAUCGAGAGAGAUAUAUGGACCACCACCUGGAAAGAAACUGAUAGUUUUCAUCGACGACAUGAACAUGCCGAUCGUGGAUACUUAUGGGACUCAGCAACCCAUUGCACUUCUCAAACUGCUGUUCGAAAGGGGUGGUUUUUACGAUCGCGGUUACGAUCUGAACUGGAAAUUUAUGAAAGACGUUUAUUACAUAGCAGCCAUGGGAGAACCCGGUGGUGGUAGGAACGAAGUCGAUCCGCGUUUCAUCUCGAUGUUUUCAGUUUACAACGUAACGUUCCCGUCCAACGAGACUCUCAAUUACAUUUACACGAGCAUUUUGACGGGCCAUUUGCAAACAUUCCCAGUGGAAGUUCAAACUAUCGCGAAAGGACUUGUCCAAUUGAUGCUGGAACUUUACGAGACAGUCAGAAAGGAGUUAAUGCCGACGCCAUCCAAGUUUCACUAUAUCUUCAACAUGCGGGAUCUCUCGAGGAUCAUGGCUGGACUCCUUCAGAGCCAUCCGGAUUUCUUUCCGGGCGUAAAGCAAUUUGUUAGACUCUGGAGAAACGAGGUCACUAGGGUCAUAUGCGAUCGUCUCAUUAGCGCACACGAUGAGAAUUUGGUCGUUGAACAGCUGAGGGAAAAGAUAAGCGAUUAUUGGGAGGAAGAUUCCGAAGUAAUUCAAUACAGCUUAAGAGACCCAAUGCUCUACGGUGACUUCAGGAACGAGGAUGAACCUAGAUUUUAUGAAGAUCUCUUGGAUUAUGAGGCGGUUUACAGUUUGUUCCUUGAGAUUUUCGAAGAGUACAACGAGAGAAAUAUGACUAAGCUGCACAUGGUGCUGUUCAACGACGCGCUCGAGCACCUGACCAGGGUGCAUCGAGCGCUUCGGAUGCACCGAGGCAACGUGCUGGUCGUCGGUACAGGUGGCAGCGGGAAGAAAUCAGUAAUAAAGUUAGCAUCCUUCGCCGCCGGCUACCAGCUCUUCCAGAUCAUACCGACCCACGGAUACAACGAGGCGUCCUUCCGCGAAGACAUGAAGAAUCUGUACAACAUGGUUGGCGUGGAGAACAAGAGGGUCGUGUUUAUGUUUACGUCCGCCCACAUCAUACAUGAGAGCUUUUUGGAAUUGGUGAACAACAUGCUGAUGGCGGGCUUCGUGCCGGCUCUUUUCAAUGACGAUGAAAAAGAGGCGAUCAUCGUUUCUUGCAGAGAUGCAGCGGUCAAUGCGGGCUUCGACAUGGGAAAAAAAGGCGUCUGGUCGUACUUUCUCAAAACGUGCACGGCGAAUUUGCGGAUAGCUGUGGCGAUGAAUCCGUCAGGGGACAUUCUACGGACACGAUGUCGCAAUUAUCCCGGCUUGAUUAACAAUACCACCAUAGACUGGAUGUUCCCGUGGCCACGGCAAGCUCUGGUGGCUGUGGCGAAUGUCAUUUUUCGAGACAACCCGAUUGUGCCGCAGAAAUACAAGGAGGCAGUUGUGAAUCACAUGGUGUACGUGCACACGUCUGUAUGUCAGUACACGGAAGACUUCGUCAUGAAAUUGAGGAGGCGAAAUUACGUCACGCCGAGGCACUUCCUCGACUUCAUCAACACUUAUCUGAGUUUGUUGAUAGAGAAGAAAGAGUCCAUAAGCUCACGCUGCGCGCGCCUUUCCGGAGGAUUACAGAAGAUCGCGGAGGCUUCGGUAACCCUGACAGAACUAAACGAGACUCUGGCUGUACAGAAGAUCAAGAUAGCCGAUCAGACGAAGAAUUGCGAGCAGCUGCUCGCAUCCAUCGGCGAGAGCACGGACGUCGCGAUGCAGAAAAAAGAGCUGAGCGAGCAGAAGAGGGAGGAGAUCGAGGACCAGAAGAAAAUAAUCUCCAAGGAAGAAACAGAAGCCAAGCAGGUGCUGGCGGAAGCUCAACCGGCUCUCGACGCGGCCAAACUUGCGUUGGGCGAAUUCGAGAAAGCAGAUAUCACCGAGAUAAGAUCCUUCGCCACUCCGCCUGAGCCGGUGCAGAUCGUUUCGGAAUGCGUCGCGAUACUUCGAGGCGUCAAAGACGUGUCCUGGAAAGGAGCGAAGGGAAUGAUGAGUGAUCCAGGAUUUCUGAGGAGUUUGCAAGAGAUGAAUUGCGACGAGAUCACUCUGAAGCAGCAGCAAGCGAUACGAUCCCACCUGAGGAAGAGCGACAAGCUGGAUCAGAUGCAGGCCAUCAGCAAAGCAGGAUACGGCUUGUACAAAUUUGUGCUCGCCGUUCUCGAUUAUUGUGCCGUUUACAGAGAGGUAAAACCAAAGAUAGAAAGAGUCCAAGAACUCGAAGAGGAAUCCAAGAAAGCAAAGCGUGCCCUGGAGAAAGAGCAACGUGAGUUGAAUCGAUUAGAAAAGAUGAUCAACGAGCUGAACGCGAAGUAUGAGGUCGCGAUGACCGAACGACAGAAGCUUCAGGACGAAACGGAUCUACUGCAACGACGUCUGUUAGCCGCCGACAAGCUAAUCUCCGGCUUAUCCUCCGAAAACAAACGCUGGCAAAGGGACCUGGAGGUUCUGCAGAAGGACUUGGAAAAGGUCACGGGAAAUUGUUUGUUCAGCGCAAGCUUCCUCGCUUACAGCGGUCCGUUCUCCUACGAAUUUCGGAAUGAAAUGUACAGCGACUGGGAGAACAGCAUUUUGGAAAAGGAGCUACCUCUAUCGAAGCCCUAUAAGCUCGAGGAACAGUUGAGCAACGACGUCGAGAUCAGCACAUGGAACUCGGAGAGUCUACCGUCGGAUGAGCUCUCUAUUCAAAAUGGCAUAUUGACCAUAAAAGCGUCCAGAUUUCCACUUUGUAUUGAUCCUCAGCAACAAGCGCUGAAUUGGAUCAAGAAGAAAGAACAGAAGAAGAACCUAAAGAUUCUUUCUUUCACGGACACGGACUUCUUGAAGCAAGUAGAAUUAGCGAUCAAGUACGGCUUACCGGUGCUCUUUCAAGAUGUCGAAGAAGUCGAUCCUAUUCUGGAUAACGUUUUAUCAAAAAAUAUUCAGACUGUUGCAGGACGAAUGUUUGUCAUUCUCGGUGACAAAGAAGUGGAUUAUGAUCCAAGAUUUCGUAUAUAUCUAAUGACAAAAGCAUCUAAUCCAUUACUUGAUGCUGCUGUAUAUGCCAACGCGAUUGUCAUCAAUUACAUGGUUACUACGGCAGGCCUGGAGAAUCAACUUUUAUCGGUGGUGGUAAGAUCCGAGCGGCCGGAUAUCGAAGAGCAACGAGAAACGCUGAUUUUAGAGAUCAGCGAAAACAAGAGCCUGCUUCAGAACUUAGAAGACACUCUCCUGCACGAGAUCGCGAUGGAUCAAGGCAAUAUGUUGGACAAUAUCGAUUUGAUCGAAACUCUGGAGCGCAUUAAAUCCAGCGCCAGCGAAGUGAUGAGCAAGCUUUACCUCACGGAAGUCACCGCGUCUGAUAUAAAUAAACUUCGCGAAGGCUAUCGUCCGGUGGCAGAACGAGGCGCUGUCAUGUUCUCCGUGUUGGCAGACAUGGCCAUUGUGAAUUCUAUGUACCAGUAUUCCUUGAUCAGCUACGUCGAGGUGUUCGUCCACUCGCUGAAGAGAUCGCUCCCGGACCCGGUGCUGACUAAACGACUGAAUAACAUCAUUCCAAUGUUGACGAAGAAUGUAUACGAUUACGGCUGCACCGGUAUCUUCGAGCGGCACAAGUUGCUUUUCUCCUUGCAAAUUUGCGUGAAAAUAGAGCAGAGCCUAGGCAACGUGAGGCAAGAGCAGCUGGACUUCUUUAUCAAGGGUAGCAUGGCCCUGGAGAAGUCGAUCAAAUUGAAUCCCACCAGGUGGCUGUCGCAGAUGGGCUGGGAAGAUAUCCUCAAACUAGCGAGUGACUUUCCCGACAAGUUCGAACAGCUACCGGAAGAAUUGCGGGAUUGCGCGGAAGACUGGAAGGAGUGGUUCGAUUCAGACGCGCCGGAAUUGGAGGAAUUUCCAUGCGACUACAACGAACGAUUGACGUCUUUCGAGAAGCUGAUGCUGCUCCGUUGCUUCCGUGUAGAUCGCGUUUAUUGCGGUAUUAUCAAGUACAUCAUCGAGAUUAUGGGCGAGCAGUACAUCACCCCGCCUCAAGUGAACCUCGACAUGAUUUUUGAGGAGAGUACCUCCGCAAUGCCCGUGAUUUUUAUUCUGAGUCCAGGCUCGGAUCCCACUUCCGAACUGAUGAAGUUAGCCGAUCGGUAUGGCUACGGCGAAGGAAGGUUUAAGUAUCUCUCGCUCGGCCAAAAUCAAGAAAAGAUCGCGAUGGACUUAUUGGAGUUAGCAAUAGCAAGAGGUCAAUGGCUGAUGUUUCAAAAUUGCCACUUGCUGCUGUCCUUUAUGAGGAAACUCGAGAAGACUUUGAGUAAUAUGGAACAAGCUCAUCCUGAUUUCCGUCUGUGGCUCACCACGGAACCGACUCCCAACUUUCCAAUCGGCAUACUCCAACAAUCGUUGAAAGUGGUAACGGAACCACCGAGUGGGCUGAAGUUAAAUCUGCAAAACACGUACUUCAACAUGCGGCCGCAGCUCUUAGAAAGCUGCUCUCACCCUCUUUACAAGCAUUUGAUUUACGUUUUGGUGUUUUACCAUGCGGUUAUCCAGGAAAGGAGAAAGUAUGACAAGAUUGGAUGGAACAUAAAGUACGAUUUCAACGAGUCGGACUUCAACGUGUGCACCAACAUUUUAGAUAUUUACUUAACAAAGGCACUCGCGAUCAAAAAUACUAAGUUACCAUGGAACAGCCUGAAAUACUUAAUUGGAGAAGUGAUGUACGGUGGAAGAGUGAUAGAUAGCUACGAUCGUCGCGUCUCCCGCACCUACAUGGACGAGUACUUCGGUGAUUUUCUGUUCGACGAGUUUCAGCCGUUCCACUUUUACAAGAACGACAUCGUCGACUAUGUAGUACCGCCAGAAGGAAGUCGCGACGAUUAUUUGCAGUUUAUCGACGAGCUUCCGUUGGUCAAUACUCCGGAAGUAUUCGGGCUACAUCCGAACGCCGAAAUAGGAUACUUCACGCAAGCGGUUAGGGAAAUGUGGAGGCAUCUUGUUGAACUUCAACCGCAAACAGCAGUGAGCGUUACCGGCAUCAGCAAGGACGAAUACAUCGAUAACGUAGCGAAGGAGAUCCUGACUAAGAUACCUACGCCGUACGAUAUCAACAAAGUUAAGAAGAACUUCACCGUGACAGUGACGCCGACCGCGAUCGUGCUCUUCCAAGAAUUGGAGAGGUUCAAUAAAUUAAUAGAAACGAUAACGAGGACGCUGAAUCAGCUGAUAAAGGCUAUUGCCGGCGAAAUCGGAAUGGACGAGGCAUUGGAGAAUAUUUCAGUGGCACUUUAUAACGGCAUCCUGCCCAAGGAAUGGGCCAAAUUGGCGCCAGACACGCGAAAGAAUCUCGCCGGCUGGAUGGACCACUUUCAAAAGAGGAUAGUCCAAUACACUAACUGGUCCGGCGCGAACGAACCCAUUGUACUUUGGUUGUCCGGAUUGCACGUGCCGGAAACUUACCUGGCAGCUUUGGUGCAAAUGACUUGUCGCAAAAACAACUGGCCCCUCGAUCGCUCCGUCAUUUACACGGUGGUGUCGAAGUUCACUAAGCCUGACGAUAUAGAAGAAAGGCCCGAUGAGGGCUGUUACGUGCACGGAUUGUAUCUGGAAGGUGCUAGAUGGGAUAUGGAGGAACAUUGCUUGAGGAGACCUCAUCCAAAGGUCCUUGUAGAAGAACUACCGAUAUUGACUAUCAUACCUACCGAAGUUCAUCGAUUAAAAUUACAGAAUACAUUCAAAACUCCAGUAUACACUACAUCUGAUCGGCGAAAUGCUCUCGGUGUCGGCUUAGUGUUCGAAGCGGAUUUGGCGACUCCAGAACACAUUUCGCACUGGAUCCUGCAAGGCGUUUGUCUAAUAUUAAAUACAGACUAAGAUACUUUUCAAGAUCGACAAUUGAACCACUGCAUUCUAGUAUAUCUUGCGUUAGUGUCAUUAGUUAAUACUAUCAGUUACAGGACUUUUAUAAUAGAUAUAAAUUAAAUUGUUCUUCCAUAUUAUUAUUUAAGUACGUUAUGUUCACUAGU